AAACACGUGGCAUCAGUGUUAUCAAGACAGCCGAAAUGAAGGCCAGCACUUGACUUAACGCUGUCCCUCAGGCCGGAUUUGAUAAUCCUUUCGUUUCUCAUAUUUUAAAUUAUUUCCAAUUAAACGGGCCAUAUAUGGGCCUGCUUUACUUCCUUAUCCAAUAGCCCAACUUAAAAAUCAGGCCCAUCCGGCCCACGAGGUUGGGACGGCGGACCAUUGCCGUGAGCGAAUUGGUCUAGCCUCGCGUUUUGAACACGCGGCGUCUUCGGAUUCCAAUGUCGUGGCGUGGCUCGUUCACCUUCUACAACUUUUCCUCUUCGAUUUUCCUUCUAUUUUCACUUCAAUUUCCUUCAUAUUUUAAAUCCCUAGAUUUCUCGUAUUCGAAAUCCCAAUUAUUAUUAUUAAUUUUUUUUUGCAAUUCGAAAUCCUUCCAUUUCAAUGGAUACCUCCCUGGUCGCGGGAACCCUUUCAAUGGUUGCCAACAAUGGCGUUGGCUUCGCCAAAUUCCUCAAUCGCCUCGAUUUCGUAUCCAAUUACUACAUCUCCAUCACCGAUUCGAUCGCCGACCAGAUCGCGCCGUAUUCCGCCGCCGGAGCUCUUCAGUUAUCAGCCGCACUGUUCCCCGUCGCAACCAUUGCUCCGCCGCCUGUCAAAUCUACUUCAUGCCGAUCGGCCUCUCGGACUUUUCUCCGUAGAAAGCGCCGCACGAAGCGUAGAUUAUACAGCGAUGACUCCGAGGGCGGCGAAGUCAACGGAUUCGGCGGCGGCGAUUUUGACGGAUCGUACGGCGGAGGUGGCGGUAGCGGCGGAAGUGGCUGGAAUUUCGAUAGAUUUGGGGGGAGUGAUUGGGAUGAAUCUUCAUCCUCUUCUAAUCCGGCGUAUUAUUUCGUUUACGAGGUGGUUUAUUGGAUCGCGCUCUCAAAUUGUGUGCAUUUCGCAUUCAAGAAGGUUAUUAGAUUUGCAGGUGAAGCAAUGAGGAACUCCGAACGAGGAAAAUUGUCCAUGAGAUUAAUCUCUGUGUGUUGAUUGGUACAAUUCUCCUCUCAAUGAUCAAUCUCCGAAACAGAAAUCUGGCUACAAAUCUCUUGUAUUCGAUUCUUCACAGUUGCUAUGCAUAUAUAUAAUCUCUGUAAAUACUCACAUUGUUUUAUCUCGGUAAAUUGGUUCGAAAUUAUCUCAGUAAAUUGUUUCUUAGCUCCUUAAGGCAUUUAGUUC